AUGGAGAGAGGGGUGGCAAAGUUGGAAAUGCAAAAAGCUGCCUUCCUACCAUCAUUUCAGGCAAAUACCCUUGAAAAGCCGAUCUUCAAGGAGGAGAUAAAGGUCCCGGUGGAUUCUUUGAGGGAUAAGGCACUGGGGCCAAAUGGUUUCCCUUUGGCGUUCUUCCAAGUAUUUUUAAACUUGGUUAGAAAGGAUGUGGUCAGAUUCAUUGAUGAAUUCUUUACUAGUAUUCAGCUUCCAGCUCAGAUGGUUGCCUCAUUGAUUGCGUUAGUGUCAAAGAAAGAGGAAGCAAAUUGCUUGAAGGAUUUUAGACAGAUAAGCCUGAUAGGUGCUCCUCAUAAAAUCCUAGCAAAAAUCUUGGCCAUCAGAUUUCGAUCAAUUAUCGGGCAUGUCAUCUCCAAGGUUCAAGGCACUUUUGUUGAGGAGAGACCAAUUCUGGACAGUGCAUUGAUAGCCAUGAGUGCAUCGAUGCUCAUUAAAAGGAAGGCAAAAAAAGGUAGUGUUUAUAAGCUCAACAUAGGAAAGGCGUACAAACAUGUUGAGUCGGACAUCUUGGAUUAUAUAUUAGGUCGGAUUGGUUGCAAUUCUAGAUGGAGGGAGUGGAUCCAAGUAUGUAUCGGGAUAACUAGUUUCUUAGUUCUAGUCAAUGGGUCACCAAAAGAGUUUUUUAAAUCCUCAAGAGGUAUCAGGCAAGGGGAUCCACUAUUGCGAUUCUUCUUCAUGGAGGUUGCAGAUGCUUUGAGCAAGAUGCUGGACAAGGGAUCCCCUCUUCCUGGAUAA